UGUAUAAAUAUCGAAUUGAGUGAUGAGUCGCUUGUCGCGCCUUAUUUAUAUAAUUUGUGUUUUUGUAUUUUAUAAAAUUUCAGCAUGUUAAAUAAAUCGUUUGGUACUUUAAUCAAUACCUAAUACCCAUGAAGACGAUUAUCGUGUAAUUAGUUUGUAGAACUUUUAUCAAUGUUGGAAAGGUAACCUCUUUGAAUAGGGCAGCAAAAAAACGAUUGAUAGAACAUGAGUAAGAGACGGAGGGCAGGUUCUUUGCCUAAGUACACCGAAGAUGAUUCCUUGGAUAGUAUCGAAGCGUCUACAAGCAGUGGCCCUACAGCUCACAAAAGAAGAAAAUUGUUUGACCCUAUGGAAGUUUGUCAUCAAUUGGUAGAUAUACUUAGAAAUCACAAGAAGGAAGAUGGCUCCCUGCUUAGUGAAUCUUUUAUUAGAAUACCAAAAAGGCGGCAAGAACCUUCAUACUACGAGGUUGUUAGUAAUCCUAUAGAUCUUCAAAAAAUACAUCAAAAAUUAAAAAUGGACGAAUAUGAAGACAUAGAUGAUUUGCAAUGUGAUAUAGAAUUGAUGGUUAACAAUGCAAAGUCUUUUUAUAAGAAAAACACUCAGGAAUAUAAAGAUGCUGUUGAAAUUCUUGACUUGUUUAUAAUAACUAAAAACAAAUUAUUAACAGUAGACGAAGACUCAUCAUCUAAAAAGUCUGCUACUAAUAACAAAAAGCACCAACAGUCGCCAGCAGUUCAAACUAAUUCCAGACGCAGCUUAACUAAAAUUGUAACAAAAAAUAAUGUUAAUCAUGAUAAUGAUGAUGAUGAGAAUGAUACUGAUAAUUCAAAUGACGAGGAAGAUAAUCCAUUCGAAGAACUGCUAACUGCCGUCUUAAAUGCAAAAGAUGAAAAUAAUAAGCUGCUUCACCUUGCAUUCCAAUUACUGCCUUCCAAGAAGAGAUAUCCCGAUUAUUACGAAGUGAUUGAACAACCAGUUGAUUUGAAAAUGGUUACAAAUAAAGUAAACAAUAACAAAUACAAGUUUCUUAUAGAAAUGGAACGAGAUUUGCUGUUGAUGUGUAAGAAUGCUUGUUUGUACAAUGAACCUGGGUCCCACAUUUACAAACAAGCCAAGACUUUGCGAAAGUUCGUCCAAGCAAAGAGGAUUGAGAUAGACCAGCGUCGAGGUACUAUGCCAGUAUUAGCAACCACAGUUAAGAAUAAUUCAAGUCCGAACGCGAAAACUUUGGGUACAAGAACUUCUCUAAAUUCAAGUCGAACCAGUGUAAAUUCUAAUAGUAAAUCUCCUCCAAAUUCAACCAAAUACCGUCGAUCGCCAAGUGUAACUAGAAGUAGUAGUUUAUUAAAUUCCACCAGGACUAGUAGCGGUGUAAAUUCAAGAUGGCAUACGCCCGUUUCGGUGCGGGAAAGACUUAGUGGUAAUGGUAGUGUAAAUAGAAAUAGUGUAUCAAGUGUAAAUAGAGUAGGUGUUAGUCCAAGGCUCAAUAGGUUUCACAGGUCUGGAGCAAGUGUAUCACCUAUUAGUGACGGCUUAAGAUUUAAACAUAGGAAAGUAAGAAGUGGAAGUGUUCGAUCGUCUAGUAAUAAAGAAGGAUCUGAUACCGAGGACCAUGACCUUGAAGCAUCAAUAGAUCUCAAACAUCCCCAUUGGAAACUGUUUGAAACUGUAAGGACCGCAACUGGUACAAACGGCAGGCCAAUGUCAGAUCCAUUUUGGAAGCUUCCUUCUCGAAGAUUCUAUCCAGACUAUUAUCGUGAAAUUAAAAAUCCAAUGUCUUUGAACCAAAUAAGAAAGAAACUAGUCAUGAAAGGUUAUGGUACUUUAAGCGAAGUGGCAGGAGAUUUGACUAUAAUGUUUGAAAAUGCCAAAAAGUACAAUAUUCCUACCUCUAAACUGUAUAAGGAUGCUGUAAGGUUACAAAAACUGAUGCAGUCUAAAGUUCAAGAGCUACUUGAUGUUGAUCAGGUAACACAAAGAGUUACUAACAAAAACCGAAAGUUAUUUACAGAAAAUACGGUGAUACGACGAAAGCCUGGUCCUAAACCGAAAAAUAAUCCUUUGGGAACGUAUGCACCUACAAGAGGACGUCCUCCAAAAGAUUCUACCAUACUAAAGAAACGUUUACAUCUCAUAGCCAAAUAUAUGUUGGAUUAUACGACUGAAGAUGGUAGAAAACCGAUGCUGGCGUUCAUAGAGAAACCGUCUAAGAAGCUUUAUCCCGAAUAUUACGAAGUAAUAUCGGAACCAAUAGAUUUUCUUGAAAUUGAAUCGAAAAUCAAAGGGGAACAGUAUAGUAGUGAGGCUGAUCUCGUUAAAGAUUUCAAAUUAAUGUUCAAUAACUGCAGACAAUUUAAUGAAGAAAAUUCUCCUAUUUAUGAAGAUGCCAAUAAUCUCGAAAAGUACCUGUUGAAUAGACCUAUUCAACUCAAACCUGUUAAUAUAACGCCCGAAAAACCAAAGAGGGAAAGGAUAGUUUUGAAACCAUACAAACCCAGGCGGAUCCUGUCACCUCUAGAAAAAACUCUAAAAGGUUUCUUUGAAGCUAUAAGAUAUUAUCGUGAUCCUAAAGACAAUCGACAAUUGUCCCAAGCUUUUAUGCGAUUACCGUCAAAAAUGGAAUACCCCGAUUAUUAUGAAGUAAUAAGUAAUCCAAUAGAUAUGGAAAAAAUAUCUCAAAAAAUCCGUUCGAACGAUUAUGAAAAUAUUGAAGAACUAGCAACCGAUUUUGUAUUACUUUUCGAUAAUGCUUGUAAAUAUAACGAACCUGAUUCACAAUUGUACAAAGACGCACUAGUUCUUCAAAGGUUUCUUUUUCAAACUAAGAUGCAACUUAAAGAAGACGAAAAUACCGUGCCCGAUGUAUCUGCUGCGGUGCAGGAUAUCUUCCUCAAUUUAUUCACCAACGUCUACAAUUAUCAAGACGAUGACGGUAGAUGCUAUUCUGAUUCGAUGUUAGACCUACCCGAGCACGAAGAGAUAAACGGGAAAAAAGUUCGAGCCCUUUCUUUAGAUGUAAUAAAGAGGAGAAUGGAUAAAGGUAUGUACAAACGUUUGGACGUGUUUCAAGAAGACUUUUUUGCUUGCAUGGAACGAGCAAGGAACCUUUCUAGGACUGAUUCACAAGUUUUCGAAGAUUCCAUAGAGCUACAAUUAUAUUUCAUCAGACAAAGAGACGAAUUGGUUAAAAACGGAGAGCUGUUGACAUCGCCUGCUCUUCUUUAUACCGAAGCUGACGCUAGAGCUUCAAUUGAUGAUCUUAGAGCUGAAAAAGCUCUCAAAGAAUCUAUCGAAGAUGAAACUGAAACAAGGAGCUCGGAAGAUUCGAUAUUAAAAGAGAUAAAUGUUAACGAAGAAAUCAGAUCGACUGGAGAUUUCAAUAAUAUCAAAGAAGAAAGUAUGGUCGACGAUACUAAUACCAGUAAAAAAAUCAACAACGUAAAUGAAGCGAACGGAGAAGAAGAAGAUGAUGAUGAAGAAGAAGAAGAAACGAUGAGUAACGAAAACGAAUUAGUCAAUAGUAAAAGCCCAAAUGAUGAGAAACAAUUAAUCAAUAAUAACGAAGCCAAUAGUCAAAGUGAAGAUGUUAGUAAUAAUAAAAUGAAAAGUAAAGAUAAUACACAAGGAGAAUCUGUCAGUGAUGUUAAAUGUACGAAAACUGAAAAAGACAGUGACAGUGAUAACAAAAAACUUAGUGUAAAUAAAGAACUAAAUAUUAACAAUACUACAAAUGACGCAGAACCUAAUGAUAGUGAUGGAACAAACGGCUGUGCAUCAAACGAAAAAUGUGAAAAACGGACUUUUCAAGUUGGAGAAUUCGUGUAUUUAGAAGCCAAAGAAAAAGGUUGCGAUACUCACAUACUCUGUAUAGAGAGAUUGUGGGAGAACAACGGGCAACAAAUGAUAUACGGAAAUUAUUACUUUAGGCCUGCCGAAACAUAUCACGUAUCGACAAGAAAAUUUUUGGAAAAUGAAGUUUUCAAAUCGGAUUCGUAUGUAGCUGUACCGGUGGAGGAAAUUAUAGGCAAAUGUUGUGUUGUAAAUGUCAAAUAUUACUUUACAAUGAGGCCAGAGGGUUAUGAAGACAAAGAUGUAUAUGUGUGUGAAUCUCGAUAUAGAACUAGGACUAGAUUAUUUAAAAAAAUUAAAGUCUACCCCGAUAAUCCUACAAUAAAACUAGUACCUAGGGAAGUUCCAAUUCAACCCAAAAGGGUUAUGUCUGUGUUUCGUGAACGCAUAGAAAAACACAAAGACGAGCUACAAGAAUUGGAAGAUUUAGAAAGAUUCGAUGAAAAGGAAAAAUUGAAUGUGGUGGCCGACAAUAAUAUGGACAUAGAUGACGGUAACACAUAUUACGAACAGUUUAAUACAAUGUGUUCUGGUGUGAUUAAAACGGGCGAUUACGUGUAUGUUGUAGCUGAUGGGGGUAAACAAAUUAUAGCACAAAUAGAUAGUAUUUGGGAAACGAAGGAUGGUAAAUGUUACUUUCGUGGCCCUUGGUUUAUACAACCAACGGAUAUACCUCACAAUCCAACUAGGCUAUUUUACAAACAAGAAGUAUUUUUAUCCAGUUUAGAAGAAACCAGUCCUAUUGUCAGUAUUAUUGGAAAGUGCCAUGUUUUAGAAUUGAGCGAUUGGGUGAUAUAUCGACCAACGGAAAUACCUGAAUCUGACGUCUACAUAUGCGCGUCUAUGUACGAUGAAAUCAACAAACAAGUCAAGAAACUCACUCCAGGUGGACUCAAGAAGUACAUCCACAGUCCGAUUGUAACCGAAGAUGAAAUUUACUUUUUCAAUAGGGUGCUCAAUCCACCAAAGGAGGCAUCCCCACAAUUAACUAAAAUGAAUGAUAUGGAUAUAACUAUGGAAGAUUCCCUGGACGGUGGUCCACCGUCAGUUGGUUCAGGGGAAAUACCAUCUGUUAUUCCAAGUACACCCGUUUCAACUACCCCUGUACCAACCCCUGUUCCUACUUCUAAGAAGAAAUCUAAUAAAAACAAAGUUGUCACUGGUUACAUAUUGUACUCCCGUGAAGUACGUAAGCAAGUGGUCCAAAAUAAUCCAGAAUCUACGUUUGGUGAUAUCAGCCGAAUUGUAGGCAGCGAAUGGAAAUCGUUGCCUCAACAUGAAAAACAGCAAUGGGAAGAAAAAGCUUCGAAACUAAACGAAGAAACUAAAGCAUUACUUCUAUUGGAACAAGAACAAUGCGGCAGCCCUGCUUCCUCACAACCUCCUCCUCCACCUGUCGAUCAAGUAUUUGAGUGCCUUUGGGACAAUUGUGACUAUCAAUUCGAAGAAGUUUCCGAUCUGAUUGAGCACUGUGUUAAGGAUAAAGAGUCUCAAGGACACGUUCAAGCUUUUUAUCAAGAAAACGCGUUAACCGAAUUCAAUUGUUAUUGGCGCAAUUGCAGUAGGGCCAAAAAGAAUGUUCAGCCCUUCCCUAAUAUGACUCGUUUGAUCAGACACGUUCGUGAUAUGCACAUCAAUAAGGGUAACGGAAGAAGUGUACCACCUGAAAAUCGCAGCAAGAACUUCAAGCCUUCCAGUAAGCCUCCAGCUGUUAGUCGUCCGACUCCUUCCGCUACUCCCAAUGCUCCUCCUCCUGUUUUAUCUCCGAAUGCUCAAAAGCCUCAGGAGCCGAUGUUCAUUUCUGUUCCUCCACGUCCUCAGCGUGUUUUGCAUUCUGAAGCAUAUAUAAAAUACAUCGAAGGAUUGCAAGCGGAAAAUAAACAUAUAUCUCCUUGGGAAAGAACUCUACAGGCAACGCAGGAGAAUACUCCCGAACCGGAUAUGGAAAAAAUUAAAAACGUUGCCGUCUGGUUAGGUCGUAAGGCCGAUCAACACGACAACGUAGUUGCAGCUCUAUGGAAUCUCCGUAAUCAACUAUUAAAAGAUACACUAAGUUUACAUAAAACUUUGUAAUUAUUAUUUGUUAAGAUUAAUUUAUUAAUGAUUUAAAAAAUUUUUCUUUGUGUGAAAAAAAAUUACUUUAUUGUUAAUAUUAGUUAUCAGGUGUGUAUUAUUUUUCAAUUUUAUAUAGAACAAAAAUUAUAAACGAGUAUCGAAACAUAUAUUGGAGUAUCUAUCCUUUUGACUUUCAAGUAUCGUAUAAAAAGAAGACCUCAAAGUAACUUCUUCUGAGUUUGAAACGAAAGAGAUUCAA